AUGGCCCUCUACUGCGGCGACAACUUCGGAGUGUACUCGCAGCCCGGCCUGCCUCCGCCCGCCGCCGCCGCCGCCGCCCCGGGCGCCCCCUCGGCCGCCAGGGCGCCUUACGGGCUGGCAGACUACGCUGCGCCGCCGGCCGCAGCAGCCAACCCCUACCUGUGGCUCAACGGGCCCGGUGUGGGCGGCCCGCCGUCCGCAGCCGCAGCAGCAGCCGCCGCGUACCUGGGCGCUCCCCCGCCGCCACCGCCCCCCGGGGCCGCGGCUGGGCCCUUUCUGCAGCCGCCGCCCGCCGCCGGCACCUUCGGCUGCGCGCAGCGGCCCUUCGCACAGCCCGCACCCGCCGCGCCCGCCUCGCCUGCCGCGCCCGCGGGUGCCGGGGAGCUGGGCUGGCUGUCCAUGGCCAGCCGCGAGGACCUGAUGAAGAUGGUGCGGCCGCCCUAUUCGUACUCGGCGCUCAUCGCCAUGGCCAUUCAGAGCGCCCCGGAGCGCAAGCUCACGCUCAGCCACAUCUACCAGUUCGUCGCCGACAGUUUCCCCUUCUACCAGCGCAGCAAGGCCGGCUGGCAGAACUCCAUCCGCCACAACCUGUCGCUCAACGACUGCUUUAAGAAGGUGCCCCGCGACGAGGACGACCCAGGAAAGGGUAAUUACUGGACUCUGGAUCCGAACUGCGAGAAAAUGUUUGACAACGGGAACUUCCGGCGGAAGCGAAAGCGCCGCUCUGAGCCCAGCAAUGGCUCCACAGUGGCUGCCGGGACAUCAAAGUCGGAAGAAGGGCUCUCCUCAGGACUGGGGUCUGGAGUGGGUGGGAAGCCAGAAGGAGAGAGCCCUUCCAGUCUGCUGAGGCCUUCCCACUCCCCAGAGCCUCCGGAGGACACCAAGAGUACUGCCUCAUCUCCUGGAGGACCCAUGCUCACCUCCACCCCAUGUCUCAACACUUUCUUCAGCAGCCUCAGCUCCUUGAGUGUCAGCAGCAACGUGAGUAACCAGCGGGCUCUCCCUGGCAGCCGCCACCUAGGGAUCCAGGGGGCCCAGCUGCCCUCCAGCGGCAUGUUCCCCCCAACCUCCAUCUCAGAGGCCUCGGCAGACACCUUGCAACUGAGCAGCAGCACCAGCAAUAGCACCAGCCAGAGAUCCUAUUACAGCCCUUUCCCUGCCAGCACCAGCGGGGGCCAAAGCACCCCCUUCAGCAGCCCUUUCCACAACUUUAGCAUGGUCAACAGCCUCAUCUACCCCCGAGAAGGCUCCGAGGUGUAGAGCAGGCCCUCAGACUUGAGUAUGCACACCUGAGACCUGCAGACAUGCUGUAAAAUGCAGAUUCCAUUCAGUAGGUCUGGGACAGGACCUGAGUUCUGCAUUUCUGUUGAGUUCCUGGGCGAUCUCGUGGUCCUUUGACCACACUUGGAGUAACAAGGGUGUAGUAGAUAACUCUUUCUACAAACCAGUGAGCUUUUACAGGUUUCUCUGCAUGUGGGCCUCUCCAGAGAGAAAUCUGUCUCACUCUCUUAUGUGAUAGGUAGCCUGUGAGCCCCAUGAGGGCAGGGACCAUGUCUAUUUUGUUUAUCACUGUAUGCCAGGGUUGUAAGCUCAAGUGUGUACAGACAGCUAAAAAAACAUAAGCCAAUGAAAUUACUGGCUGAGAAAACUAAGAGCAUUUGGUAACUGAAGCCGUAGGGGGUGGAUGGGACAGACUACCAGAAGGCUGCUGGGAACAGCUGGUUCUCUCUCUCUCACAUGGCAGCAUUCUGAUUUCAUUAUCAUUAUUU